AUGCAGCCCAUCAUGACCCUCUUACGGAAUACAAUCAUAUUCUUGCAUCUCACAUCUGCGUCUUCUCUCCCGGGGAACUCAUCCUACGUGGCUGCAGCAGGAUUUCCGACAUCUGUGUUCUCAUAUUACUACGUUUCUCCAGCCCAUCCAACCAAGGAGCCCCAGCCCAUCCUCUAUGACCCUGUCCUAGAUCUGAUAUUCCCUUACGAGCUGACCGACCCCGACAAUAUCCCGGAUAACCAAGAUGAGGUUUAUUUUCCCGUUCCGCCAGUUCACAUGCCCGUCAGAGAGAGAUAUAAACUGGUCCAACAAGCCGUGAAAAAUGUGACCCGCAUCCUCAAUUCCAACUCAACGAACAAGUGCACCAAGUGCAAGCAUGCACUGGCUGCAGCCAAGCCCGCAGCACUUCAUGCGCCAGUUCUUGUCCCAAAUACCAUGGUCAACCUCUGCAAGGCAUUUGGGUUCCACGCCAACGAGACCUGCGAGCAAGACUUCGCUUCCAACGCCUUCGGUCCGGUCUGGACACAAGUACUGGCAUAUGCCGAUGUUGAGGGUUUGGAUGGUCAGUAUAUCUGCCAUUCUCUCCACGAGAAGUGGUGCGAUGCGCCGACAACUAGCUCCCUCGACACAAGCAAUCUUUUCCCCAAGCCCAAGCCUGCGAAUGCUCAGGCGCCCAAAGCGAGUGGCGAGCGAGUCAAGGUGCUACAUCUCUCGGACUUCCAUCUCGAUGCUCGCUACGCGGUCAAUUCCGAAGCGAAUUGCUCUUCCAAUUUGUGUUGUCGGAGUGAUAACUAUAAUGACCUCUCCGAGGACGAGACAUUGAUUUCUGCUUCCGCCUAUGGCUCUUUCCUGUGUGAUACCCCAUACGACCUCGGUCUAGCUGCGUUGCAGGCUAUCGGUCCUCUGACUGGAACUGGUAAAGGGAAGAAUGAUGACCAUUUUGCGUGGACGCUCUACACUGGCGAUCUGGUGUCCCAUGAUCCAGCUCCGCAGAGUUCAAAGGCCUUGACUCAGUAUACGGAGACUAGCAUCUAUGGCAUGUUUGAACAUUAUCUAUCGGGUCCUGUAUUUGCGGCUCUUGGAAAUCACGACACCAGCCCAGCGAAUAUCGACUCUCCUCAUAAUCUCCUUGGGCGUCUGGGAGAACAGCAAAGUUGGAACUAUGAUCAUUUGGCUCGACUCUGGCAACACGAGGGAUGGAUCAGUCGUGAAACGGCUGAUGAAGCGCGAACUCACUAUGGUGGCUAUUCCAUCAAGACACACUAUGGACUGCGCAUCAUCGCAUUCAACACUGAUUUAUGGUACAGGCACAACUUCCUAGCUUUCGUCAACACCACCGACCCCGACAACUCCGGCAUAUUCUCCUGGAUGAUCUCGGAGCUCCAAAAAGCCGAAGAUGCCAACGAACGAGUCUGGAUAAUCGGGCACGUCCUCAGUGGCUGGGAUGGCACAAACCCACUCCCCAACCCAACAAACCUUUUCUACCAAAUCGUCGACCGCUAUUCGCCCCACGUUAUAGCAAACAUCUUCUUCGGGCACACCCACGAAGACCAAUUCAUGGUGUACUACGCAAACAACGGGACCAUGCAGAGUGUCGAAACCGCCCUAGCAACCGGCUGGAUCGUGCCGAGCAUUACACCCCUCACAAAUCUGAAUAGCGCUUUCCGCCUCUACGAGGUAGACACGGGCGACUUCAAUAUCUACAACGCUCAUACAUUUUACAGCAACGUGUCUGAGUACCCGGCCCUGGUGGAAACAGGCCCGACGUUCAAGUUCGAAUACUCGACUCGGGAGACGUAUGGGCCUGCCGCUGGCUGGGAUGUUGAUGAUCCGCUCAAUGCGACUUUCUGGCAUCGCGUUACUGAGGCCAUGGAGACGGACCUCGGGCUUGUUACUCUGCAUAAUGAGUUCCAGGGGAAAAGGAGCGUGAAAACUCCUGCCUGUGUCACUGCCGAGUGUCAGAAAGCGAAAAUCUGCUAUAUGCGGAGUGGCAGUGUUGCGUUGGGUAGCCAGUGUCUUCAAGGGUUUGGUUCGGUACAGAGUGCUUUCCACCGAAAGAAGCAUAAGCAUCAGUAG